AGACGGAGACGUGAGAGUUGCUCCUGAUUUCUUCUGCUGACAUGUGUCUGAGAGAGUUGAUCAGCGAGCGACUCGCUGUUGCUGCGGAAGAAAUCUUCAGAUACUGUGAAGGAACCAUCGUCCAGUACGAGCAGGAGCUCUGUCGCCUUCACAGACUGCUAGAAAUCAGGAAACCACAGCUUCAGCUCAAUGUUAUAGACCUCCCCCAACAUUAUCUGGGAAACCAGGAGAAAAACUCAGCUGGCAAGCAGGAGGAGCAAGAAGAACCAGAUCCUCCACAGAUGAAAGAGGAGCAAGAAGAACCAGAACCUUCAUGGAUGAGAGAGGAGCAAGUAGAGCUCUCCAUCAAUCAGGAUGAAGAGCAGCUUGAACUGAAGCAGGAGACUGAUACUUUGAUAGAGAUUUCUAGUUACGAGGAAAACGAGAACAGUGAAGCAGAUCUAAACAGUCAGCAGAUCUUUAAUGUGAAUGAGAAUCAGGAUGAAGAAGGAAACAAACAUGAAGAAUCAACAUCAACUACAGAUGAAGAGACAGACCCACAGAACAGAGAUCAGUGGAAGAGAACAGACAGAAGUCAUGUCCAAAGUGUGGAGAGCUCUCACAUGUCAGAAAGUCAGUGGGACAUUGACUCUGAGGAAAAUUCCUACAUGAAAACUGUUUUAAUGAAUACACGUGAAACAAAAAGGGAAGUGAAGAAGUACUCUUGUCAAGAGUGUGGAAGAAGUUGUACAACUGCUAAAGGUUUGAAGCAUCACCUGCGAAUCCACACAGGAGAAAAGCCUUUCUCUUGUAAAGAAUGCAGCAAGAGUUUCAGACAGCGGUCUAAUCUCACAUGUCAUAUGUUAACUCAUACAGGAGAAAAGCCUUUUUCCUGUGAGGAAUGCAAAAAAAACUUUAGGAAAAGUUCUCAUCUGAAACGUCACAUGUUAACACAUAUGGGAGAAAAAAAGGGAGAAAAGCCUUUUUCUUUUACAGAAUGCAACAAAAGUUUUGACAAAAGUUCUACUCUCACAAAUCGCAUUCUAAAACAUACAGAAGAAAAGCUUUUUGUAUGUAAAGAAUGCAGCAGAAGUUUCAGAAAAAAUUCUCAUCUCACACGCCACAUGUUAACACAUACAGGAGAAAAGCCCUUUUCUUGCAUUGAAUGCAGCAAAAGUUUCAGGCAAAUUUAUCAUCUUAAAUAUCACAUGUUAACUCACACAAAACAGAAACUGCUUUCUUCAUCUAGCGUUGCAAACAGUCCUUCAUCUCCUGCAAUUACAAGCAAUGAAUAAUUUCUUGUUAUUUAACAAUUACAAUACAGAGAUACAAGUAAUUAUUAAUUGAUGAUGUCUAAAUGAACAUCUUUACAGUAUAUAGUCACUGGCAUGACAUUUAGAAACUCUUAAGGAACUAUUUUUAAAGUAACCAUUUGUGGCCCAUUUUUUGCUCAUUCUUUCUUCUUCUUCUGGAAUAAGAUGUAAUGCCACAGUGUGAUCGCCACCUAGUGGCCAAACUGAAACGCCCUCCAGGAGAGGCAGAACAAUUGUUGGAGCUUCUCUGUUUGAGAAUCCAUGUAACACCGUAUUGUAUUAACAAUCUCAUUAUAAUUUUACUAAUAGGUUUUACAGUAUAUGAAGUGUAUCAAAUUAAUAUGAAUAUCCUAAAAACAUAUAUAGAUUAUUAAUGUAUUUCUUAACAAAUUUGUCUAAAUGUGUAAACCAUGUACACUCAAAAUUGAAUUGAAUCGGCCUGAAUUGAGAGUAAAGAAUUGGAAAAAAAAUCGGAAUUGUAUCGAUUCUGGAAAUUAUUGGCUAAAUCCAGCCCUAUUCCAUUCAUGUGUUCACUCAUUUAACCAUGAUCUCAAUGGGGUCAUUGUAUGCAGUCGUUAUUGCACACAAUGUAAGACAGUUUUAAAACUAUCAAAAGACCACACCACCAUUUUGUGAAAUGACGCCUGCUGGUUGUUUCAGAACUGCAUCUUAGUGUCAAAAGGGUUCAAAACUGGAAACUGUAAAAUUCCUGCAGUCUGUUUGGAUCUAAUAAAUGCUUUUCUUCUUUAAUCAA